GUUAAUAACUUGUAAUUAUGCUAUUGGUAUUUUGAUUUUUUUUUUCCAAAUAAAGUUGAAGUAAUCGCUAGUUUAGUAUUGAUCUUGUAUAAGCAAUCUAGACCUCUAAAAGCGACGAAUUUUGUUUCUUUUGUCAUUAGGAAGCUUUAGAUCAUGCUUAAGAUAGGGAAUGUUUGUUGUUAGUUAUGAGGAGAAGAGAGGGGCUUGUAAGAAUUUGGUGUAUGAGUUCAAGCUUAAGAGGUGCCCUGGUCAACCUGUUGUUCUUUGGCAUAAGCUCAGAUGUGUUUGAGAAAUAUGGUGGUAAUUCUUUUGCACUUAACUAUUGGUUUUGGUUGUAUAUAGGACUGAUCAAUAUGAAUGCAGUAAUGUGUAGGUUUUUGGUGGCUAAUGUUUUGUGUGUUUUAGUGGAACUUUGAUUACUGUAAAAAGUUGUUCAGACUAAUGUAAUGGGUUUUUUCAAGUAUGUGAUUGUGUUAGUCUUUCUUGCUUUGAAGAGCUAUUUUGUGCAAUUUGCUUAUAAGUUUUGUUUCUAAUUAAAUGUGGUUGUUUGGUAGGCAGAUUUAGAAUUAUGUGCAAGUAAGUGUUAUUUAAAAUUAUGUGCUGUUGUAUUAAUUAAAAUUAUGUAUCCAAAAUGAGCCUGAUUAAACUCUCAUAUUUUAGCUUCUUUCUCAUAUAACCUGCAAAACUUUGCAUGCAGAGGAAGUACUUGGUUUCAUCUGAAGGAAAGGAUUGGGCAUUAGAAACUAUUGGUUGUCAGUGGAAAGGUUGGAAAUAUAGGAGUAAGGCAUUAUACUACUAUCCAUAUGCAACUUACGAAGAAAGGUGGAAGAAUCGUCCAAAUACAAUUCCUGAAAGCCAAUUUAAACAACUCUUGCACUAUUGGGAUGAUGAGGGAACUCAAGAAGAAAGUGAAAUAAAUCGUAGCAAUCGACAAUUAGCGAGUGACAUGCACACCAUCGGGCCAACAUCAUAUGCAUACACUCGUGAACAACUGAAACAACAAGAUCCAAAAAAAGAAGAUCCGUCAAAAGCAAAGGUGUACAUCGAAUCAAGGAAAAGGAAGCCCGGGAAGUCAUACAAAAUAAGCUUUGAUGAAAUAGAAGCAAAUAUUGAGCAAAUGAAGGCAAUACAAUCUCAACAAGGUGAAGGAUCUAACCAUAAAGAUCCUUAUGGCGACGUGAUCAAGAAACCAGAGCAUAGCGGGCGUGUGCGAACAUUUGGCAAAGGUGUUACCAAUACUGUUUUGAAGAACGGAGGCAAAAGCUCAAGCUACAUCUUUCCUGAAGCGUACUUACAAAUCAUGCAAUCACAAGUUAUGGAUCAAGUGUUGCAAGCUAACCCUGAUCUUCAAAAGCUACUUGAAGCUAACCCUGGUGUGAAGAUUGUGCUUCCUUCAAUGUCAAGGAGUGGAAGCAAUGGUAAUCCUCUAUACAUCGAAUCCAAUGAGCAUAACUCUACAGGAGCACAAUCGAACAACUAUCUGGAAAAUGGUGAAGCAGCUGAUGACAAGGAGGUGGAAAAUGAUGAUGAAAUUGAGCCGUAAAAGAACAUAUUUAGAAUUUUGUGUGGCUUUUGGAAACAUUUUGUGAACUUGUUUGUUCGAUACUUUUUAGACGUAAUGAUGUAUAGGUGAAUAUUUGGUUGCACUAGGUUAUGGAAGAAUUGAUCCUUAGUUUUUGAUAUAACAAGUUAAUCGUGUAAAUUUCUUAACUAUAAUAUUUGUAAUCAAAUUUCUAAUUACAUCUU